AUGGCAAGUCUCACAGGGAGUGCAAAUAGCAGCACAAGGAGUAGCUCAGAAAAUUUAAAGUUCAAUGAUACUGCGGCACUGGACACCAAAGUGUGUAAUCUCAAAGUCUCUUCCACGAGUGGCUCCCCAAAUGCCAAACCAAGGCGAGCAUUAAGUGAGGUUCCCGUCAAUACUCAACAAACGAAAGAACUGAGCGAAAUAAGCGGCAGAGUACGAAGAGAGGACAGUGAGCUAACUCUGCAAUCAUUUAGAAAAAGAAAGAUAUAUAGGGAUCAAGAAGAAGAGAAUCCCACAACCAAAGUGAAAGCUAGGAAAACAUCAAAAACAAGUGAUGAGGAACCGCAAGAAGAGAAGAUUCUAUGGAAGGAUCUUGAUGCCAAUGAGAGGAAGGAUGUUUGCAUGGUGACAGAAUAUACGAAUGAAAUAUUCAGUCACCUGUACAAGAGAGAAAUGGAAACGCUACCGUCGCAUAAUUACCUAACAGAUACUAAAUCAAAACAUAAUUUACGUCCGUCCAUGCGAGCAAUUUUGAUAGACUGGUUGGUCGAAGUUCAUGAAAAAUUUCAGUGUUAUCCAGAGACCUUGUUUCUGACGAUAAAUAUAAUGGAUAGAUUUCUUUCGAUGAAUAAGGUCACAUUAAGCAAAUUACAAUUAUUGGCCGUCACUGCAUUGUUUAUAGCCGCUAAAUUCGAGGAAGUCAAUCUACCAAAAUUAUCGGACUAUGCAUAUAUAACGGAUGGUGCGGCAACCAAGAAUGAUAUCAAGAACGCAGAGAUGUUUAUGCUGUCGUCUUUAGAAUUUAAUAUUGGUUGGCCAAAUCCAAUGAACUUCUUAAGAAGAAUCUCUAAAGCUGAUAACUAUGAUUUCCAAACGAGAUCGAUCGCAAAAUUUCUAUUGGAGUGCAUUAUGUGCUAUCACAAAUUCAUCCAUUUAAAGCCUUCUACAAUGAGUGCAAUGGCAAUGUAUGUUGCUAAACAGAUUACCAGCACACACAAUAAAAAAAAUCUUUGGGAUGAAACAUUUAAGCAUUAUAGCGGCGGUAUUGAUCCAUACGCUGAUGCAGAGUUUCAGUCGUAUUGCAAAGAUUUAAUUAAAGAAAUUGCAUCUCCAACCACAAAGUUGGACUCACUAUAUUUGAAAUUCAAAAAACCAAAAAAUGGUGCCAUGUAUUACAAAGUUUUUCAAUGGUGUCAAAAUCAAGUUGAAACCGAUGAGUCCCUUAAUUCUCUAUUUUCGCUAUAG